UGGAAAAUGUGUUAAUUUGUGGAUACAUACAAGCACUAUUGUAAGUCGUCCGCUGAAUUCUGUAAAUAUAAAUAUACGCAGUUAUACCACCCCAUUACUUAGGCACUGCUAAUGUUUAUGCAACGAGUAAAGUCAUGUCGAGAAUUUAAUCAAAGGGUGGGUAUCAGAUUUAUUUUGUUUCCCUUACCUGAAGUUCAUCAGGCAGUUGUCUCCUCGCAUCCAACACAUACACGUUGCGUUUUGAGUACGCUUCCUAUUUUACGCAUCGCCGAGAUCGCUAGUCAGAACUCAGAAAGUGUAGUUAUGUUCUUCUGAGAGGGAACUCCCAACAUUCGACAUGUUGAAGGUGGUUGUUGAGUGCGCUAAAGGAAUACCCAAAAAGACACUUGGUGUUCCAGAUCCCAUUGCAGCAGUCAUUUUUAAAGGUGAAAAAAAGAAAACAAAGGCCAUCAAUAGUGAGUUAAAUCCUGUGUGGAAUGAGAUUAUUGAGUUUGAUUUGAAAGGCUCAUCACUGGACUCUUCCUCGUUCAUUGAAGUGGUUGUUAAAGAUUAUGAGACCAUCGGAAAGGACAAAUUUAUUGGCUCUGCAAAAAUAUCUCUUCGAGAUCUUGCCAGUGGCCAGUCCAGAUCACUGCCUUCAAGGAAUGUCCCUCUUAUCAAUGAGAAGAAGCAAGAUAUAGGCGCAACAAUCAGUUUAGUAAUUGGAUAUGAAUCUCCUGCCAGUGCUGUUCCUAACCCAAUCGGACAAGUUGAUGGAGAUAUCCAAGCAGGAGAAGCAGCUGUUUCCCCUGCUGCAAAAGAGGGUGCUGAUGGUGAUGAAGACGCGACAGACUGGGGGGAUCCAAGAGCUCCUGGAGGGGCUCCCCCACCUGGCCAGCCUGGAAAACCUGCCCAAAAGAUAAUGGGCCGGAGAAGGCAAAAAGCUCUGGCUAACAAACUCCAAGAUUUCCAGAUUCGCAUCCGAAUCAUUGAGGGUCGGCAGUUGCCUGGCAACAACAUCAAACCAGUUGUGAAAGUAAGCAUUUGUGGACAGAAUCAUAGGACAAGGAUCAGGAGAGGAAACAAUCCAUUCUUUGAUGAGAUGUUCUUCUUCAACUUCAACAUGUUGCCUUCAGAACUUUUUGAUGAGAACAUAUACAUCCAGGUUUAUAACUCUUUUUCCCUGAGAUCAGACAGUCUUCUGGGGGAGUUCAAGUUGGAUAUGGGCUAUAUCUAUGAUGAGCCUGCUCAUGCUAUCUUGAGAAAGUGGCUGCUGAUGAGUGACCCAGAUGACUCCAGUUCCGGUGCUCGGGGUUACCUCAAAGUCAGCAUGAUCAUCGUCGGAACAGGAGAUGACCCACCAGUAGAGAAGAGAGAACAGAAUGAAGAACAGGAUGAUAUAGAAAGCAACCUGCUGCUGCCCACUGGAGUCACCCUGCGUUCAGCCAUGCUCUCUCUCAAGGUGUACCGGGCAGAGGACAUGCCACAGAUGGAUGAUGCAUUUGCUGAGACUGUCAAGCAUAUCUUUGGAGGAGAGGGUGACAAGAAAAACCUUGUGGACCCAUUUUUGGAAGUCAACUUUGCAGGCAAAAAGCUAUGCACCAGGAUCAUUGAGAAGAAUGCAAAUCCUGAGUGGAACCAAUUGAUAAACAUGCAGGUUAAGUUCCCAUCAAUGUGUGAGCGCAUCAAACUUACAGUAUUUGAUUGGGACCGCUUUUCAAGCAAUGAUGCUAUAGGAACCACUUACUUAAAUCUCACUAAAAUAGCAUCUUCUGGUGGUGAAACUGAAGCAGAGCCACUUGUUGACAAUGGAAUCCUUUCUGCAAUCGACGCUGGUGUGGGGACUGAGGUUGGCUUUCUUCCAGCUUUUGGCCCUUGUUACUUAAACCUUUAUGGAAGUCCAAGGGAGUUCGCUGAGCUCUCUGACCCAUAUGAGGAGCUCAAUUUAGGAAAGGGUGAGGGGGUGGCCUACAGAGGGAGGGUCCUUAUAGAGCUGUCUACCUGCCUGGAUGGCAAUGUUGACAAGAAGGUGGACGACAUGCCUAACGAUGACGUGUUAGUAGCACAGAAGUACCAACGGAAGAGGAAAUACUCCUUGUCAGCAGUGUUUCAUAGUGCGUGCAUGCUCCAGGAGCCAGGAGAACCUAUCCAAUUCGAGGUCAGCAUAGGCAAUUAUGGCAACAAGUUGGAUUCAACAUGCAAACCCCUGGCCUCCACCACACAGUACAGUUGUGCAGUGUUUGACGGAAAUCACUACUAUUACUUGCCCUGGGCUGACACAAAGCCAGUCGUAAUCCUAACUUCCUUCUGGGAGGACAUAAGUCAUCGUUUGGAUUCAGUGAACAUCAUUCUUUUCAUUGCUGACAGAUUGCAAGCUAACAUCACCUCACUGAAGAUGGCCAUGCAGGCUAAUGUGCCUGAGACACGCCUAGCUGAGAUCUGGCUGAAACUUAUCAACCAGCUCAUCGAAGACCUCACCAGCUACCAGCUUCCAGACUUGGAAGGCAAGGCUAACCUGACGACGCUGGAUAUUCAGAUCAAAAAGCUCAGAGACAGAACCUUGGUCAACAUUAGGGAAGCAGCACACCGCCUGAGAGAGGAAGCUACAGAUGUUAAAGCCACUCUUUCGGACAUAGAGGAAUGGCUUGAGUGCCUACAGCAGAUUGCUGAUGAGCCCCAGAACAGCCUUCCUGACAUCAUCAUUUGGAUGUUGAGAGGAGAGAAGCGCAUGGCCUAUGCCCGCAUCCCAGCCAAUCGGGUGCUCUUCUCCACCCACAGCAACCAGGCUACUGGAAAGUACUGCGGAAAAACACAAACCAUCUUCAUGCAGUACCCAAUGGACAAGAACAAAGGGCUGAAGAUUCCUGUGCAGCUGCGUCUCAACAUGUGGCUGGGUCUGUCUGCUCAUGAAAAGCAGUUCAACAGCUUCUCAGAGGGAACUUUCAGCGUCUAUGCUGAAAUGUAUGAGAACCAGGCUCAGGUGUUUGGGAAGUGGAGCACCACGGGCCUGGUGGGCCGCCACAAGUUCUCUGAUGUGACAGGGAAGGUGAAACUGAAGCAGGAGUUCUUCCUGCCCCCGCGUGGCUGGCAGUGGGAAGACGACUGGUUUGUCGACCCCGCACGCUGUCUGCUAACGGAGGCUGAUGCAGGGCACACAGAGUUCACAGAUGAGGUGUUCCAAAAUGAGAGCCGUUUCCCCGGAGGGGAGUGGAAGCCAGCGGCUGAAGCCUUCACAGACGUGAAUGGAGAGAAGGCCCAGAGUCCAGACGAGAUCGAGUGUCCUCAAGGGUGGAAGUGGGUCCAGGAAUGGAGCUUUGACAGCAACAGGGCUGUUGACGAAAAAGGUUGGGAGUAUGGCAUUACUAUUCCUCCAGAUAAGCCCAGCUCCUGUGUAGCAGCAGAAAAGAUGUACCAUGUCCAUCGCAGGAAGAGAUUGGUCCGACCUCGUAAGAAGAUAGCAAACAUCCCUGCAGUAGAGAAGAAAGAGUCAGAUGACGGCUGGGAAUAUUCCUCUCUGAUUGGAUGGAAGUUCCACAGGAAGGAGCGUUCCUCAGAUACAUUCCGUCGCAGACGUUGGAGGAGGAAGAUGGCCCCAUCUGACAGCAUGGGUGCGUCAGCCAUAUUCAGACUGGAGGGGGCGCUGGGGGUAGACAUUGAUGAAAAAACCAGUAAAAAGGAUGCAGCCAAGUUGUUCGGUGCCAACACACCCACAGUUUCCUGCAGCUUCACCAGGUCGUACAUGUACCAUCUCAGAGUGUAUGUAUAUCAAGCCCGGAACCUUCUUCCAAUGGAUAAAGACAGCUUUUCUGAUCCAUACUGUCAUGUGUCUUUUCUCCAUGUGAGCAAGACCACAGAGAUCAUUAAAGCCAACCUCAAUCCCACAUGGGACCAGACACUCAUCUUUAAUGAUAUUGAAAUCUACGGGGACCCUCAGAAUAUUGCUCAUAAUCCACCCAGUGUAGUCCUGGAGUUUUUUGACAGUGACCAAGUGGGGAAGGAUGAAGCCAUGGGAAGAUGUACCUGUCCUCCAGUAGUAAAGCUAAACCCUAGCACACCAGUGACCCCAAAGCUGCUCUGGUUCCCCAUCACCAUGAAGGGCCGACAUGCUGGAGAAAUGCUGGUGGGAGCUGAGCUAUUGCUGAAAGAUAAAACUAAUGAUGCAGAACUACCCUUGGCUCCACCCAGAAGAGGUGAGAAGCUGUACAUGGUGCCUCAGGGGAUCAGGCCUGUGGUGCAGCUUACUGCCAUUGAGAUCCUAGCCUGGGGUUUGCGGAACAUGAAGAGUUACCAGUUGGCUGCUGUGUCCUCGCCCAGUCUCAUUGUGGAAUGUGGGGGCCACACAGUUCAGACUGCUGUCAUCAAAAACUUAAAGAAAAACCCAAACUUCCCUGGCUCAGUCAUGUUUCUGAAAGUGCUUCUUCCUAAAGAAGAGAUGUACACUCCACCUAUUGUGCUAAAGGUGAUAGACCACAGACCCUUUGGCCGCAAGCCAAUUGUUGGACAGUGCACCAUAGACUCUUUGGAAGAGUUCAGGUGUGAUCCCAACAUGUGUACCACUGAAGUUGCCAGAACUGCCAGAGUGGCCUUGAUGUCAUCAGUCGCUGGAGAUGUGAUCAUUGACAUUGAAGACAGAAGACCAAUCCUCGACAGUCAGCCCGCUGAAAAGGUGGAUGAAGCUGUGGAUUGGUGGAGCAAAUUCUAUGCAUCCACUGGGGAGCAUGAGAAGUGUGGCCCAUAUCUCCAGAAGGGUUAUGCCACGUUAACACUCUAUGAACACGCCCUUGAGGAGAUUCCAGAUUUCCAUGGGCUGACAGACUUCUGUCACACUUUUAAACUGUACAGAGGAAAGACUGAUGAUGAGGAAGACCCCUCUGUGGUGGGGGAGUUUAAGGGUUCAUUUCGGGUUUACCCCUUAUCGGAUGACCCUGAUAUCCCAGUACCUCCUCGGAAGUUCCGCGAGUUACCUGAAAGCAGGCCUCAGGAAUGCCUGGUUAGAAUCUACGUGGUGCGCUGCAUUGACCUACAGCCUAAAGACAACAAUGGAUUGUGUGAUCCAUACAUAAAGAUUUCUCUGGGGAAGAAAACCAUUGAUGACAGAGAUAACUACAAACCAAACAGCUUAAACCCUGAGUUUGGAAGAAUGUUUGAACUCUCCUGCUUUCUGCCACAAGACAAAGACCUCAAAAUCAGCAUCUAUGACUAUGAUUUGCUAAGCCGCGAUGAGAAGGUUGGGGACACAGUUAUAGACCUUGAGAAUCGGCUUCUCUCUCAAUUUGGGGCACACUGUGGCCUUCCACACUCAUAUUGUGUCACUGGAGUAAACCAGUGGAGGGACCAACUUAAGCCAUCUCAGAUCCUGCAAAACCAUGCCAGACUGAGAGGACUCCCCCCUCCUCACAUCGCAGAUGAUGGCAGUUCACUGUCUUUCGGAGGACGGGACUACAACCUGCAAGACUUGGAGGCCAGUAAAGUGCUGCACCAGCACCUGGGGCCACCCAGGGAGCGCAUCUGCCUGCAUGUUUUGCGUAAGCAGGGCCUGGUGCCUGAGCAUGUGGAAACCAGGACACUGCACAGUUCCUACCAGCCCACGCUCUCGCAGGGAAGGAUUCAGAUGUGGGUGGACAUAUUCCCUAAAGGCCUUGGCAUUCCUGGACCCCCAGUUGACAUUACUCCUCGUAAAGCCAAAAAGUACAUCCUACGAGCUGUCAUUUGGAAUACCACUGAUGUCAUUCUGGAUGAUACAAGCAUUACUGGGGAACAUAUGAGUGAUAUCUAUGUGAAAGGGUGGAUGCCAGGUAUGAAGGACAAACAGAAGACCGAUGUCCAUUAUAGGUCUCUUGAUGGAGAUGGAAAUUUCAACUGGAGAUUUGUCUUUGACUUUGACUACCUGCCAGCUGAGCAGUUGUGCCUUGUAUCCAAAAAAGAGCACUUUUGGAGUCUGGACAAAACUGAGUUCAGGAUUCCUCCCAAACUGACCAUCCAGAUAUGGGACAAUGACAAAUUCUCUUUGGAUGACUACUUAGGCACAGUAGAGUUGGAUUUAAUUCACCUCAUCCCUCCAACUAAGACUCCUGAGAAGUGUAGUCUUAACAUGCUAACAGAGGGAACAGGCAAGCAUCUCCCUGCGAAAUCUCUCUUUGCCCAGAAGUCUGUGAGAGGCUGGUGGCCCUGCACCAUGGAGGAGGAUGGAAAGAAAGUUUUAACUGGUAAAGUGGAGAUGACAUUGGAGAUUGUGGAUGAGAAGGAGGCUGAUGAGAGGCCUGCUGGGAAAGGAAGAGAUGAGCCCAACAUGAACCCGAAAUUAGAGCCACCAAACCGUCCAGAUACAUCAUUCCUUUGGUUCACAAAUCCUUGUAAAACUAUGAAAUUUAUUGUGUGGCGUCGAUUUAAAUGGAUCUUCAUUGGAGUCAUCAUUCUCAUACUUGUGGGCCUCUUUGUAGGAAUCCUACUGUACUCUUUACCAAACUACAUCUCAAUGAAAAUUGUGAAGCCGUUCUAAUAGAAGACUAAAAGACUAUCAACACCAACAAGGAAUGUUGAAUUAACCAAAAUUCUUCAUAUUUUUAUACUUUAAUUCAUAUGAAAAUGAAAGCCUAUUCAAUAAUGGCAUUUUAGACUAAUGUUCACUGCAGUUUUAGCUACUGUUCAGAAAGCUAUGCCUACCAAAUACAUACACCAGUCUUACCUAAAAAAAAAUGUUUUUGUUUCCAAAGUCAAAGAAAAUUUAAAUAAUAAUUAAAAAAAAAUCAA